AUGACAUCUUUGAAAGAGGUAGAGACCGCUCGAUCAACACCACCCCCAACGGGCGCAUACACACCCGCCGAACUCGAAAGAUUAGGACGUGAACGACCACCAGCAUUCAGAACGAUAUGGGUUGAAUUGGGGUUCUGCUUUUCUCUCUUGGGAUCCAUGUUCGUUGUCGAAUAUUUCGUCUCUGGAUUCAAUGUCCUGCUUCCAUCAUUAUCCGAAGCCCUUCACAUCCCGUCACAGGCAGAGACAUGGCCAGCGAGCGUAUUCUCGCUAGUCACAGGCGCUUUCCUACUGCCGGCAGGACGCCUUGCGGACAUCUUCGGUGGUCAUGCUGUUUUCACUGUCGGCCUGGCUUGGUUCGCGGUUUGGUCGUUGAUCGCGGGAUUCAGCCCGAACUACAUCAUGCUCAUCUUUUGUAGAGCAUUGCAGGGAUUCGGACCAGCGGCAUUCAUGCCUUCUGGGAUUAUGCUUCUUGGAAGUAUAUACCGACCAGGGCCACGGAAGAAUCUCGUGUUCAGCCUGUACGGAGCAUUCGCCCCAGUCGGCUUCUUUGCCGGAAUAUUCUUUGCUGGUCUCGCGGCACAGAUGUUGACCUGGAAAUGGUAUUUUUACUUCGGCACUAUCAUGCUGAGCAUAGUUGCCGCUUCUUCAUUCCUCUGCAUUCCGCGCGGCACUAUGGACUAUCAUAAGAUCACCCCAAAGAUGGACUGGUGGGGGACAUGCACUAUCGUGCCCGGACUCGUCCUCCUCGUAUUCGCGAUCACUGAUGGUUCACACGCACCAGAUGGCUGGGCAACACCUUAUAUCUCGGUCACCUUCGUAUUAGGAUGGAUAUUCGUGGGCGCUUUUGUGUAUCUUGAGGGCUGGGUCGUGGAACAACCUUUGUUACCGGGGGAUAUGUUCCACGUCAAAGGUAUGAAGGCGCUUACAGUAGCGCUGUUCCUCGAAUAUGGUGUCUUUGGUAUCUUUCUGUUCUACGCCAGCUUUUACAUUGAAGAAGUCUUGCACGCUAGUCCACUCUUAACCAGCGCUUGGUUCGCUCCCAUGUGCAUCGGUGGGCUUAUCCUUGCGACUGUUGGUGGCUUUGUCCUGCACUUGCUGCCCGGUAGAAUACUUCUCCUGAUAAGUGGCACAUCCUACGUCAUCUCCGUCCUCCUCUUCGCUAUCCUGCCCGACAAUCCGAACUACUGGCAAUACAUCUUCCCGGCCAUGAUUUGCGCUACACUGGGCAUCGAUGUUACAUACAAUGUCUCCAACAUCUUUAUUACAACCUCAAUGCCAAAGGCUCGCCAAGGCCUCGCGGGCGCCUUCAUCAACUCGAUCCUCUUCGUUGGCAUAUCUUUCUUCCUAGGCUUCGCGGAUCUAGCAGUCACGCAAACAGCAAAUCGUGGAAAGAAAGAGAGCUAUAAAGUCGCUUUCCAGAUGUCGAUCGCCCUCGCCGGAGCUGGACUAUUGAUCAUGUUCGUAGGAGUGAAGAUAGGGAAGGCGAAGAGUGAAUUGACCAUCGAGGAGAAAGAGGAGCUAGAGAGGGAGUUGACAACCAGGGACACUGCCGAGGCUGUGAGCGGGCUGCAAUGA